UCUUAAAUCAGGGGUGGAGCCUUACUUAUCAUUCACUUCCUUUUUCAGGAUAUUCGUUACAGCUGGUGCAGGACUUUGACAGGAUUUCUUCUUUAUUUUUGGCCUGAUCUUUUUUCUCCCACCCCUCUGAUUGUAGGAAGCAAAAGGAAGUGAGGAGGUUAGCAGCACCCUGUGCUGUGAUGACACGACAAAGCAUCAGCUAAUCAGCACUGACAGAGAGGAAUCUUCAACCAGCCUCUCUAAUGCUGAUAAAGGAAAGGCAAUGGAGGAGUCCACAGAGGAAUUUUCUGGGAAGGAGCAGCUGGAAAAUACAGCCACUACAGAGGAGAUGCAGACCCUGAGAUUCCUCUCAGACAGAGCGUCUUCUACCAGGAAGAACAGUGACCCCUCACCCCCACCUUCUCCUCUUGGCCAGUCGGCAUCUUCACUGCAGAGACAAGAUUCUGGGCCUUUAGGCAUCAGGGGAAUCCUAAAGAAAAGCCGCUCCACCAGUAUGGACUCAGAUCAUAGUGACAGCAUGAUGCCUGGACACACGCCUACUUUGCAAACCAGUGUCACUUUGAGCCACCAAGAGAGUGAGGAGGAAGAGGAAGAUGAGAAGGAAGAGGAGAAGGAAGAGGAGGAGGAGGAGGAGGAACAACAUGAACUGGAAGAAGAAGAAGAAGAGGAGGAGGAUGAGGAGAUGGAGGAAAAGGUCAGCAGGGAAAGUUAUAAAGAAGAGGGCUCAUCAGGUGAUGACAUUGUGGAUGGUAGCGGCUUCAGCAGGUGCAGAGAAGAGAAGAAUAGCAGCAGCAGCACAGGCAGCAGAGGGAGCUCAGAGGAGAUGCGGAGUCCUUCGCCUGACGAGAGCCUGGAGACCACUUCAACAGUGUCUGAGGAUGUCGACGAGCUGGAGAGCAGUUUCGAUCAAAGUCAAGGGUCGGAAAUGAAAAAGAGACUGGCCUUGUUGUCUGGUGCGGACAGUGAAAAGAAAGACAGACUGAGGAAACCAAAACCAUCAGAACUGAUCCAAACGCCGCUGGCUGAUCGCUUCAGCAAGCUCCAUGAUGCUGAAAACGCCUGGAAAAAAAAGCAGUCCAACGUCGAUCUGGAGCCCAAGAUGUCACUGGCAGAAAGGAUGAAAGUCCUGAAAGACAAGGAAGAGCAGUGGAAGAGCAAAGGCAAAGGAGCAGCCAAUGACUCAGUUCAGUUCACCGUGGCUGGAAGAAUGGCAAAGAAAGGUCUCGUGUCUAAGGACGAGUCACCUAUCAUCUCUCUAAAGAAGUCCAGCGCCACACCUGUGAAACCACAUGAAGAAAUCUCCACAAGGAGCGACGUCAAAGUGGAGGGGGAUAAACGCCUCGACAAGUUGGAGUCCUUCCUUGACAAACUCCACAGUAAAGGUGUGAGCAAAACCAAGUCAUCCACCAUCGAGGUGACAGCAGAGAUGGAGAAAGAAGUGAUGACCCUAGAUGACGAGGAGACGUUUGGAAACUUCUACAAAACUGUCUCGCCUUCCACUGUUCUGGAGUCCAGCGUGGUUUUGACUGAGGAAGACCUGAGUGAGAUCCAGGCAGAUACUCCAAAGCUAACCUCAGCUGUUGCAGAACACAAGCGGGCGGUGCGACCGGCCCGAAGGAACCAAGGUUCCAGAAAUCCGCUACGUGCUCUCGCUGCUCGCAACGACAUUCGGCAGGUUUACACUGAGCAGAGGCUUAAUGUGGCGUCUGUGGAGACCAAGAGGAUUCAAGUGGAGAGGAUGGCGAAGCAUUCCAACUUGGCAGACGUGGCUUUGGCUGGGCUCGCCAGCAAGGAAAACUUCCGCAAGGUCAACCUGCGCAGUGUGAAGUCCACGGAGGUCGUUACUAACAACAGUGCGGUGCCUUUUCACAAGCUCAUGCUCAUUCGCAUCAAAGGUCGGAGGCACAUCCAGGUGCGAUUGGUGGAGCCGACAGCUCGCUCACUGAACAGUGGGGACUGCUUCCUCCUUAUAACCCCAAAGAACUGUUUUAUGUGGAGCGGAGAAUUUGCCAACGUCAUUGAGAAAGCAAAGGCAUCAGAGAUGGCGUCUUUUGUUCAGGCCAAACGGGACCUCGGCUGUAAGGCUCCCCAGGUGUCUGUGCUGGAGGAAGGCAUAAACACUGAGAGUAGAUGGGCCAAAGAGUUCUGGAGCCUGCUUGGAGGAAAGACCAAAUACAGAGGGGCAGGGGAUCCAGAGGAGGACGAGCUGUAUGAGAGUGGAGUUGUAGACUCUAAUGGCGUUUACAGACUCCAGGGAGACAAACUGGUGCCUCAUGAGGACGCUUGGGCUUCCAUCCCCAGUGUGUCUUUGCUCGAUUCUAAAGAGGUAUUAGUAUUUGACUUUGGCAGCGAAGUGUAUGUAUGGCAUGGAAAAGAUGUGCCCUUGGGUGACAGAAAAGUAGCAGUCAAACUGGGCAAACAACUCUACAGUGGCAGCUACGACUACAGCAGCUGCAGGGUCAACCCCCUAGAUGCCUCCUGCACAAACAAGGAUGUGCCUCAGAAGGGGGAAGGACGUCCGAGCUGGACUCUGUUUGGCCGGCUGUCCGAGCACAAUGAGACGUCUCUGUUCAGGGAGAAGUUCCUCGACUGGGCUGAGAGGAAGAAAGAGGAAGCUGCUCAAACAGAGGAAAUAAAGAGUCCAGAACACUUUGCCCCACGCUCCCCUUUCGACUUGGAACUACAACCAUGUGAUGCCAAAGCCCUGCUGGACAACGAAGCAGAGCCGGUGAAGACCGUUCUGGAAGGAGUGAAUGUGCAGCGCGGUUACGGCCUGGUGAGGAACGAGGAUGGAAGGCAGGCAGAGCUGGCCACUGUUGCAGUGGAAGCUUGGCACAUUAAGGAGCAUGGAGAGGAGGAAGUGCCUGAGGAGAGCGUCGGCCAGCUUCAUGAAGGCGACGCCUACAUCAUCCGCUGGAAAUACUCCGUCACAACACUUGUGGGGAAACGACAGAAACCCGGAGAGCUAAGUGCAGCCGCUCCUGGCAGAGAGAGGAUUGCUUGUUUUUUCUGGCAAGGUCGUCACUCCAGCGCCAGUGAAAAAGGAACGUCAGCUCUGAUGACCGUGGAGCUGGGCAGCCACCGGGGGUCACAGGUGUUGGUGACUCAAGGUAAAGAGCCUCCAUGCUUCCUGCAGCUCUUCCAGGGAGGUUUGGUUAUCCAUAAAGGCAGCAGAGACCACAACUCCAACAGCGCAGACAGUUGGAGGUUGUUUUGUGUCCGCGGUGAAGCAGAGGUGGAGGCCUCCCUGUUGGAGGUGGCGUGUGAGCGAGCCAGUCUGCGUUCUCGUGCCAGCCUGGUGCUACUUAACGCUCAGAAAGGUUUUCUCUUCUUGUGGCAUGGUUGCAAAGCACAUGCAGAUGCCAGGAAGGUGGCCAACAGAGCAGUAGACAAACUCAAGCUAAGGUGUCCCUCAGAGUUGGGACUAAACAGCAGCAGUAAUUUGAAGGUGGACGAGGUGGAGGAAGGUUCUGAACCUUCAGAGUUUUUGAAGGCGUUAGGGCCGCAGGACAAGAAAGCUUACGACUGUAUGCUGCAAGAUCCUGGAAAGUACAACUACACGCCCCGCCUCUUCCGACUGAGUGCCAGCUCGGGGUUCUUUGAAGGGGAGGAGCAGCUGUAUCCUGCCAGGGUGACAGAGGGAGUCAUGGCCAUGCCUUUCCUGCAGGAGAACCUCUACUCUGCACAGCAGCCAGCCUUGUUCCUUCUGGACAACCGGAUGGAGGUGUAUCUGUGGCAGGGCUGGCAGCCUGACGACACGCAGUGCACUGGAUCCGCAAAGAUGCGCUGGGACAGUGAGAGGAAGUGCGCCAUGGAGACCGUGCUGAAAUACUGCAAAGAGAAGAAUCCUCGGCGCCCCCCUCUGGCCUACCUGGUCCUCGCAGGCUUAGAGCCUCUGACAUUCACAAACAUCUUCCCAUACUGGGAGAAGAACACCAGCAUCACAUCUAAGGCUGGAAGCUCCAAGACCAAAGUGAUCCUGGUGAAGGAGGCGCUCUCCAAACUAAAUAAGGAGCAGUACUCCAUCGAGGAGCUGACCAGGAAGCCUCUUCCAGAGGGAGUGGAUCCUUUGCGGCUGGAGGACUACCUAUCAGACCAGGACUUCAAGACGCUUUUUGAGAUGAGUCGGGUUGAGUUUAAUGCCCUGCCAAACUGGAAGCAGAAGAACCUGAAGAAGAGCAAAGGUUUAUUUUAAAAACAUGCUGUACACAGAUCCUAUGUUUUAUUUUUUAAUACUCUGCAGCUCUUAUUACUUUUUUUUUCACUUUAAGAAAAAAAAAAUCCUCAUUUGUAAAGACUAAAAAAAUGUAAAUGUACAUUUAUGUUAUGUUUUAAGUUUUAUCGGGUUUAAGUAACUGCCAUUUUUUUUAUGGUAUUCAAUCUCUGAGACAUUUUAAUCAAACAUUAUGUGCAAUUAAUCUUUCCUUUCACACUAUAUGUGAGAUACUGUUGAUGUUUAUGUUUACUUGGACUUGUCUGUUAUUUUUAUUUUAAACCAUUUCUCCAUUUAAACAAGAAAAGCAGCCUCAGUCAAUGGGAGACAAGACUGUUCUUUAACAACCUAACAUUUUUGCUUAAAUAUUUCUGUACUCCAUAUCUGCAGAAAACCAAUUAUAUUCCAUCACAAGUAUUAUUUGGUACUGUAUACAAACCCUUUAACUGGGCCCUUCUCUGCCCCCUCCUGGUUGUAUGGGACCAAAUCUUAAGCCGCCUGUCUUUAUAUACCGAUUGUCUUUUGUGCGAGUGUGUGUUUACGUUUGGGUAAAUGCUAAACCUGAAAAGCAUUGCGUGCGUCUCUGUGUGUGUAUGAGAACUGCUGCAUAAAGGGCCUGUGUAAGAAAACUAUUGUUUAGUUAAAAUGCCACUUUUAAAUAUGUCUAGAUUUGGACAUUUUCCAUAAUCAUGUUUUCAGUCUUGGUAACCUGCAUCUUGUUUGUGAUAAAAUGGAACCAUAUUAUCGGUGAAGUCAGGUUUGGGAAUGAGAUGAUCAGUAUUCCUUUUAAAAUAAAAUG